AGAGAAGUCCACCGAGAAGCCUGCCGAGUCUGACCAGGCAGACGAGCCCUCAGCAAAGCCGGCGCAUUCCUCAGAAGCUGCAGAGGCUACUGCGAAGGACGAGCCCGCCUCCCAUGCGGUGACCGAGCCCGGUACAAACACUGCACGGAAGAUUGACACGCAAACAACUACGUCCAGUGAAGCUCUUCCCAGUGAUCUCAUGACCCCAACUGUCCCAAUGUCAGAAAUGGCGUUGGAUGCAUCACAAGAGGCUGCUACAGCGUCGUCGACCGUCGACACCAGCAUGACCGAUGCCCCGUCUCAAAACUCCACCAAGGUGGCCCGAGAGCGCGACGAGGAUGACGACGAAGAGCCUGCUGCAAAACGCGCCAGGACUUCCGGAGAGCAAGACCCGCCGGCCGAGGCCAUCGAAGCAGCACCAUCAACUACAUCUGAUGCGAUGGUCGUGGACAAGCCUGCUGAUGUCUCUGAGGCGGGUCCUGCGUCGGCAUCAGCGCCGGCAUCUGAGGCUCAGCCCGCGUCUACUGGAUCCCCCGUAUCUUUGUCGGUGGAUGGACGUGCGCGCAAGCUAAAUGAUCCUGCGCUUGCCAACAACCCGAUCACAGUCUACCAGAACCGGGAGAUUAGGAAGGUGCUGGGCCUCGUGAAGAAGACCAAGUCCGGGCAACACUUCAGGCAGCCGGUGCAGGUCCUUUGGCCUACAGUGUGGGAUCAGUACCGCCAGCUCAUCGCACGUCCCGUGGAUAUCAGCUUCAUAGAACAGAAUCUGCGCGACGGCAAAUAUGACACCAUAGGCCAAUUCAGGAGGGACGUUGAGCUUCUGCAGGCGAACGCCACAACCUUUAACGGAGCGACCCACGACGUCACCAACUGGGCCAAGAGCACGGUGUCUCAAAUCUAUGAACGCCUGGCCGCGAUCCCUGCAGAAGAGCCUGCAAAACCUAGACCCAUCCAUCCCCCGAAGAACAAGGACAUUGGUUUCCAGCCCAAGACGACCAAGAACAAGAAGAAGCCCGAGUUGCGCUUCUGCGACGAGGUUAUGAAGGAUAUCAUCUCCUCCAAGAACUGGGUUAACAAUCAAUGGUUCAUGGAGGCGGUUGAUCCUGUGGCUCUCAAUAUCCCCACGUACCACAGUGUGGUUAAACAGCCCAUGGACCUGGGCACCAUGAAGGACAAGCUGCAGAGGGGGGAGUACGAAUCGGCGAAGGACUUCAAGUCAGACUUUGGCCUGAUAGUGAAGAAUUGUGUCAAGUUCAAUGGCGAGGAUCACCCUGUGACCGCCGCGGCCAAGGAGCUGGAGCAGAUCUUCGAGAAGAAGUGGUCGGAGAAGGCCAGCUGGUUGAGCAAACAUGCACAGACCUCAGCGCCACCUGUAGCUGCCACUAGCCCGCGCGGCGGCGCCAAAGAGGAAGACACGGAGGAGGACGAGGCCAGUGAGGCAGAGCCCCAGGAUAGCGCUAGCCCCGACGUCAAGGAGAUUCAGCGCUCUAUUGAUGCCCUCUCUAGCAGGCUCAAGCAGGAGCGGGCUGAGCUCGACAAGAAGUUAAUGUCCAACAAUCCGGACAAGUUGGAUAUCGACAUGCACCAGGGCAUCAUUAACCAUCUGCAGAGCCAGAUGGUGGAC